UGGGGGCUUACCAUAAACUUUAAGAAAACCAUGAUAGUUUUCGCCCGUUUUGUUUCAAGCUUAAAAUAAUGUUGUUCCAAAUCAUACCAUGAACUUUUAAAACAAGAUUGUUUUAUUCCUGCUUAGUGUUGUGAAAGAACGAAGGAUUUAUCUAUUCCCUGGCGAUUGUGAAAGCGAGACACAAGAUGUGUUUCGUAUAGCUGCGUCACUUUUACGCAGUGUUCCAAUUGACUCUCAUGGACGACAAUACGAAAUUUUAAUUUCAUAAUCUCAUUUAUAAAAUAUGUGUUUUAAAAGUUAAUAAGUGUAUAAAAGGUGAAUAAAGUAUUAAAGUAUUAAAUCUUAAUCAUUAAAACAAAAUAUGGCUUUUGAAUUACGUUUCCAAGUGAAAUUGUGUACCAUACUACAGGCAUCAUUCGGAACAUUUUUUGACGUCACAACAAAACAGUCGGCGCGGCCACUCAAAAAGUCUGUGCUUAUUCGAAGUAAAGAAAAUAAUUUGUAUUUUUAUUAAAACUAUGUCUAAUUCCAAGGUUAGGAAUCGUCGCGUUUCUAUGAGGCAGCUUGAACUUUUGUGGGAAUUCUUAAAUUCUAAUAAAGACAUUGCGACUGGUUUUAACCGCUCCUUACAGGCGAAAGAAUAUUCGGCUAGGAAAUGGCAAGAAAUCGCCGAAAUUCUAAACGCACAAGGAGAUGGUGCACUCAAAGAUGGAAAAAUGUGGUCAAAGUACUGGGUGGAUUACAAGGCAAAAUUAAAAAAAAGGAAUGCCGCUCUACAUUCAUCCAGACGGCGAACCGGAGGAGGAUCAGCUAAUGAGCCACCUUUGUCCCAAAUAGAGGAUAAAUUUUUAUCCAUACUAGGAGUAGAUUUUGGUCAAGGUAUGGCUGGAAUCAGAGUGGAUCCAUUAACAGAGGCACAUACUGCAGUAACAUCUGAACCUACAUCACAGUCCAUUUUGACAAGGGAAGGUAUGGAAGAACCUUCACUUGUACAACUCGAGGUGUUUGAUGAUGGUGCAGGACCUUCGCAUGAAGUGGAUAGGCAUAUGGACACUGAGCAAGCCAUAUUGGAGGAUCCCUUUCCUGCGGUAGUUGAGGGGGAGAGAGCAGAGAGAGAAGAGCCAGAAUUAUUGGCACCAUCUUCCCAGCCUAGUGGACGCCGCAGCCGCAGCCGCAGCCGCCAUGUUUUAUCUCGGGAGGACGCUAGGCGUCUUCUCGUGCAGUCGGCCCAAGAAAAAACAGAGGCCAGUGUGCGUAGCAGUAAUGCCAUGGAGGGUGUGCACCGAAGCCUGGCACUUAUUGCCAAUAGUCUAAAAACGAUACAAGAUGAUAUACGGGAUAUAAAAAGCAUAAUGUCUAGCGCCUUUCCCAGAGCCGCUGAAUGAGAGCGUUCCUCACGGCCACACCCUGCUGGAGUGCUACGUUACCACGCCCUCCUUCCGUCACUGGAAUACUACUAUGUGCAGAAUAAAUUGCCACUAAUCG